ACUCGACACUCCAGCUCAAGCUCCCGCCAGCCCGUGCUCCUGGACCGGGGCCCCUGCGCACGCGUAGAGCGCUAGCUGCGCGUCAGCGGCACUCUCGCGAGAAGAGCCUUGCGGGCCACGAAGAUGGCGCCCCCCAGUCCCCGGGAGCCCAAGUCCCCGUCGGCCACUGGUGCCACCAAGCCCGACAGUGACAUGGUGCUGCCGGGCUUCCCGGACGCGGACAGCUUCGUGAAGUUCGCUCUUGGAUCAGUGGUGGCAGUCACGAAGGCAUCUGGAGGCUUACCACAGUUUGGUGAUGAGUAUGAUUUUUAUCGAAGUUUUCCUGGCUUCCAGGCAUUUUGUGAGACACAGGGAGACAGGUUGCUUCAAUGCAUGAGUAGGGUGAUGCAGUACCAUGGGUGUCGCAGCAACAUUAAGGAUCGGAGCAAGGUGACUGAGCUGGAGGACAAGUUUGAUUUAUUAGUGGACACCAAUGAUGUGAUUCUGGAGAGAGUGGGUAUUUUGCUGGAUGAAGCAUCAGGUGUGAAUAAGCAUCAACAACCUGUCCUCCCUGCAGGACUACAGGUCCCCAAAACAAUAGUGUCCAGCUGGAACCGGAAGGCAGGAGAAUAUGGCAGGAAAGCAAAAUCUGAAACUUUUCGACUACUUCAUGCAAAAAACAUUAUCCGACCUCAACUCAAGUUUCGAGAGAAGAUUGACAAUUCCAACACUCCGUUUCUUCCUAAGAUCUUCGUCAAGCCCAAUGCUCAGAAGCCGCUCCCUCCACCUCUUUCUAAAGAACGGCGGGAACGCCCCCAGGACCGUCCUGAGGACUUGGAUGUACCCCCUGCCCUGGCGGAUUUCAUCCAUCAGCAGCGAACCCAGCAGGUUGAGCAGGACAUGUUUGCACAUCCUUAUCAAUAUGAACUAGAUCACUUCACACCCCCAGAGUCAGUGAUUCAGAAGCCACAACCCCAGUUGUACAGACCUGUAGAAGAAACACCCUGCCAUUUUGUAUCCUCCCUGGACAAACUUGUGGAACUCAACGAAAAACUCUUGAAUUGUCAAGAAUUUGCUGUAGACUUAGAGCACCACUCUUACAGGAGCUUCCUGGGACUCACCUGCCUGAUGCAGAUUUCCACCCGAACAGAAGACUUCAUCGUGGACACCCUGGAGCUUCGCAGUGACAUGUAUAUCCUCAACGAGAGCCUCACAGACCCAGCUAUCGUUAAGGUCUUCCAUGGUGCCGAUUCCGACAUUGAGUGGCUACAGAAAGACUUUGGGCUAUACGUAGUGAACAUGUUUGAUACCCACCAGGCAGCACGCCUUCUUAACCUGGGCAGGCACUCGCUCGAUCACCUGCUGAAACUCUACUGCAACGUGGAAUCAAACAAGCAGUACCAACUAGCUGACUGGAGGAUACGCCCUCUGCCUGAAGAAAUGCUCAGCUAUGCCCGGGAUGACACCCAUUACUUGCUCUACAUCUACGACAGAAUGAGGGUAGAGCUGUGGGAGCGAGGUGGAGACCAGCCCGUCCAGUUGCAGGUGGUGUGGCAGCGGAGCAGGGACAUCUGCCUCAAGAAAUUUGUCAAACCUAUCUUCACUGAUGAGUCCUACCUUGAACUGUAUCGGAAGCAAAAGAAGCAUCUCAACUCGCAGCAGUUGACAGCUUUCCAGCUGCUUUUUGCCUGGAGGGAUAAAACAGCUCGAAGGGAGGAUGAAAGUUACGGAUACGUACUGCCGAACCACAUGAUGCUGAAGAUAGCCGAAGAACUGCCUAAGGAACCGCAGGGCAUCAUAGCUUGCUGCAACCCAGUACCGCCUCUUGUACGACAGCAGAUCAAUGAAAUGCAUCUUUUAAUCCAGCAGGCUCGAGAGAUGCCCCUGCUCAAGUCUGAAGCUGCAGCUGGAGUGAAGAAGAGCGGGCCGCUGCCCAGUGUCGAGAGGUUGGAGAAUGUUCUCUUUGGCCCUCAUGACUGUUCCCAUGCCACUCCAGAUGGCUACCCAGUCACCCCCACUGCCAGGUCUGUGCCAGCUCAGAAACAGUCGGACCUCUUCACUAACCAAAAAGAGGAGACCUUGCUGGAUACCAAAUGCCUUCUCGCCACAGCCGUCAUCACAUUGUUUAAUGAACCUACUGCUGAGGAAAAUGGAAAGAGUCCAUUAACAGUUGCUCAGAAAAAAGCCCAGAACAUAAUGGAGUCCUUUGAAAACCCAUUUAGGAUGUUCCUGCCUUCGCUAGAGCACCGGGGCCACAUCUCUCAGGCAGCAAAGCUCGAUCCGUCCUCGAAGAUCUAUGAAAUCAGCAACCGUUGGAAGCUGGCCAGCCAGGUUCAGGUACAAAAAGAACCUAAAGAAACUGCCAAGAAGAAGGCAGCUGAGCAAACAGCCGCCCGGGAACAGGCAAAGGAAGAGUACAAAGCCGCAGCGGAGCAGGCCACCUCUGUGCGCCAGCAGGCAGUGCUAGAGCAUGCUGCUAAGAAGAGAGAGCGAACAACAAGCGACCCGAGGACCCUGGAGCAGAAACAGGAGAAGAAACGACUCAGGACUUCCAAGAAGCCAAAGGACUCAGAAAAAGAUUUUACCCCUUUUGACUACAGCCAGUCGGACUUCAAGGCUUUUGCUGGAGACAGCAAACCCAAACCUUCCUCCCAGUUUGACCCCAGUAAGCAAGCCGUGUCUGGCAAGAAGUGCUUUGCAGCCAAAAAACUGAAACAGUCAGUGGGAAACAAAAGCAUGUCCUUUCCAACUGGAAAAUCAGACAGAGGCUUUAGGUACAACUGGCCAAAGAGAUAGUGCUGGAAGAGACCCUUGGGACCCCAGGGACUGGAAGCACCAAAUGGUGGUGCUGCUUUUAUAUAAACGCAUUUUUAAACCAUUAAAACUAAUUCCUUCUGGAAGAAA